AUGGAGUACCCCGGCGCUACGCGGUCGAUGCGCCGUGCGGCCACAGCGGCCAGGGUACCUGCGUGGUUCCUUUCCAGUCUGAUUGCUGGUGGACUCGCUAGCCAGGAGAUGAAUUUCGGCCUGCCCAAGCAUCGAGAAUCGAGCAAUCGAGCAUCAAGCGCAGCAGACCGCAUGCGCAGCCAUCCCCAGGCAGAGAGGUCGAUCGACUACUACGACUGCGUCUCGGGGCAGCCUUUGGCUCGCCAGAACCGCCUCGAGGAACUUCUCCGCGAAGCCCUCGGCGAACCGCACACCAUCCAGCUGACCUCACGAUCUCGCUCCAAUUCCAAAUUCCGACUUUCAUUCCUCACCGUCCACCAAACCAACGUCGCCCAGAGCCUUCUGGCCUUUGGAGUGCCCUGCGAAUCCCGCCCAAGUAUCCAGGACAUCUACCUGCUCCCCCAGGCGGGCCGUCGUGUGCGAAACCACGGUGGCCUCGCCUGUUGCAUGCUGCACGGAAAGGAAGCCUUCUGCCUUGCGCGCAUCUCCUUGUCACCAUCGCUCGUUGCGCUUUCCCACCCUAGCCAGCACGUCGAGAGCGACAGGGAUCGAACCAUGCCAGCCCAAAUUACUGGCCCUAUGGCAGCCAGCAUCCCGAUUCAUAUUGCCAACGACCAGAGUAACAACUACCGCAAACAACACAAGCACUCGCGAUCGUCCUACUCAGAGUCGUCUCCGCUGGCCAACUCUAGAAACAACUCUCUGACUUUCCGCCCGCCCAAGCGACACAUGUCAACUCCAGACAAGACCAUCGCUAUUACCAACGCAAGCGGGCGCCAGGCUGCGUCCCUGAUUCGUGUCGCCACAGCCGUCGGAUAUCGCGUGCGAGCACAAUUGAGAAAUCUUGAAGGUGUUGUUGCCACCGAGGUCUCGACUAAUCCAAACGUAACAGUAUUUGUGGGUGAACUGUAUACCAGGCACAAUCCUACAAAUGAAAACAAAGACGUUACGCAAAAUGGUCCGAUUGCCGGCGUCGGCGUCAACCAUGACCUGAUAUCAAAUCUGUUCCGUGGCGCACAGCUGGCCUUCAUUAACACGACAUUUUACGGCGAUGAAGUUCAAAUUGGUAUGGCUCUAGCUGAUGCUGCCAAGAAGGCGGGGGUCCAACACUACAUCUAUUCGUCGAUGCCUGAUCACAAGGCCUAUAACAAGGACUGGCCCUCUUUACCACUUUGGGCAGCAAAACACGAGGUGGAAGAGUAUGUUCGAAAGCUCGACCUCCCCGCGACCUUUGUUUACACAGGCAUCUAUAACAACAACUUCACGUCGUGCCCAUAUCCAUUGUUUUGCAUGGAGCUGCAAGAAGAUGGGUCUUUCAUAUGGCAGGCACCGUUUCACGAGGAUGCCAAGCUUCCUUGGCUGGACGCGGAACACGACGUCGGGCCGGCAAUUGUACAGUUAUUCAAAGACGGCGUUUCGAAAUGGAAGGGUGAGCGGAUUGCUCUCGCUUAUGAAUAUCUGUCGCCCAAAGAAGCCUGCAGACUGUUUGCAAGAGGCGUUGGCCGUCCCGUACACUACGUCCGUGGCCCCAUUGAGGUCAAGGUCCAAAUUCCCACUGGCUACCGAGAACAACUGGAGGCACUUGAGAAGCUUUUCAAGCUUAGCGAGACGGACCCCAAAAGACAGCCACCUUACUUUGGGGACAUGAAGCUCGAGGUGAGCUGCCCUACCGAAGCCCUUGAGCUCUGGGAAGGCCCUCGGGGACUGGAGGAAUAUGCCCGAGAAAUGUUCCCUCUCGAAGAGGAGGCCAACGGGCUUACAUGGAUGCUGGACGAGGACGAACUAGAACAGAGAUCUGCCGCCGACGAUAAGCUCAAUGCUACAACAACGUCUGUGGAACAACUGAGGCUUCAUGACGAGAAUGAGGAUGACGAUUCAGAUGAAGACGACGGACUUGUUAUGCGGGGCUUGAAGCGAGACGAAGAACAAUGGCUGGCAUAG